AAGAGGCGCUACGAACUCAGGUCCUCCCUGCACCAGCCCGCGCGGGGCCGCCGCGACGUCGCUGCUUUAAGAACCAGCCUCCCUUAACUCUCUCUUAACUGGGCGUCCCCGCGGGGCUCGCGGCGCCCGAUCGCAGCCCGCCUCCCCGCGCGGCAUUUCCGGACCCCAGCGUCGCCCUUUUAAGAGGCAGCCCCCAGCAGCGCUCUCCCCCGCCCUCUGUUGUCGGCGCGCGAGGCGGGGGAGCCGGGCUGUAGCCGAGCGCGCUGUCCGCGCGGCCACUGGAGACCGGGCGGCCGGCGGCCGGGCAGGCGGCAGCGGCGGAGCGCGCGGCGGCAGCGGAUGGGGACGCGGAGCCAGGCGGUUGUGGCGGCUGUGGCUGUGGCGGCGGCGGGGAAGCAGCUGACGGGCCGGCGGCGGCGGCGGCGCUGGCGGCGGUGACUGGCCCAGGCCCCGGCGGCGGCUGCAGCGACGCGGUGGCGGGCUGCGGGCGGGCGGCGUGAGGAGCGGCGGCGGAGCGCGGAGCCGCCGGGAACCGAGGGCGCCGGGCCGCCCCCUGCUCAGUCCUCGCAGGCCGCCAGGCCCCCUCCAGCCGGGGCCGUGGAGCACCGGGGCAAAGGCCGGGGCCCCCCCAUGAAGGAGCGCGACGCGGCCCCGGCCGAGCGGGGCAAGCCGGCCACCUACACCGGGGACAAGAAGGCGAAGAUGGCGGCCAAGACCAACAAGAAGUGGGUCCGGCUCGCCACCGUGUUCGCCUACGUGCUCUCCGUGUCGCUGGCCGCCAUCGUGCUCGCCGUCUACUACAGCCUCAUCUGGCAGCCAGUGGGUGCCGGGACCUCAGGGGGAGCUGCCGGCCAGCCUCCGGGCGGCUCCAACGCCACCGGCCCGUCCGGGACUUCGGGGGCGGCGGCCGCGGGGCCAAACAACACCAGGUCGUCCCGCCGCGAGGCGCCACGCGACGCGCCCCCGCUGCAGGCGGCGCGACUUGCGCCCCCGGACCCACCUGCAGACAGCCCCCUAGCCCGGCCACUCGAGCGGCCGCGGGGGCCGGACGAGGAUGAGGAGGAAUCUGCAGCGGUGGCCGGGAGUCGUUGAACCUCUCCGUGCCAGGGGCUGUCGGGAACCAUCCUCCCCAAGCCCAGAGGCUGGACUUUCCUGCAGGUCGGGGCAGGGAGCCCUCGGGAGUGACCCCUACGGGAGCGAACGCCCCCUGCAUCCCGAUGAUCGCCAGCUUGCCCCGGGAACGGGUGACCCGCAGCCAAUGGACCAAGAUUUGCCUAUUCGCCGAAUCGCCGGGGACUCGGGGUUUGAUCUUCCCAGGACCCGGUGCUGCGCCAGGGCCCUGAGCCAUAAGGGGGAUGGGGGGAGGGUGGGGAGAUCCUAGCACCGAACCCUUCUGCGCCGCUAGCUCUGGUGUAGCCUACAUGCAGGGUUACUCGGGCUUCCCCGCACCCCUAGACCCAGGGGAAGGAGGGAGCUAGCUGUAGGGGCUCUUUUUUGAUAAGCUGAAGCUCUCGAAAGGAAGAGGGCACCAAAAGUAGUGGAGCUCAGGUACGUCAACCUAGUUGCAGUGGCCAGACAUGCAUUUUAUUUAUAGAUCCCUGUAUAUAGUUGUUGACAUAUGCACUAGAAACUAUAAUCACAUAGAAUUCUAUGUAUCCUCCCACACCCUGGGUAGCUACUGACUGAUGGGGUCCAGCAAGGGCUAUUUGCUGGCCCCCAAAGUGCACCUAGCCAGAAAGGCACAAACAGCUUUUUUCAUCACCCAUUCUUUCCCCUGUUCCCCUCCUAUUUCAGAAGGAUAGGUUUAUGGCAUUCUUAGACUGUUGACAUGACAGUGGAAAACCUUAGAAGUGGAAGCAGUUUAGGAAGGGUGAAGAAUGUACUGACCCCCUCCUCUUCCCACCCUAAUGCCCCCACCAAAGUGGCUUCCUGUUGAAGCUAUGAGAGUUUCUGGAUGUGGGCCAGGGACAAUGGAAGGGAAAGAGCAGUGCCAUUGUGCUUUAAUCCUUGCCUUCCCCACCCCUUCUUUUUGAAAGAACAAGUUGUAAGUAGAAUGGCAGAAGUUUUAUUUAUUUAUUUAUUCCUGCUCCUCAAGAUCUUCUCUUGUUCACCUUUGCCUUCCCUCUUUCCUGAGCCUAUAGCAACACAACUGCUCCGCAGAUGGGACAAAAUCUUGUGAAACCAGAGCUUUGAUCAUGUUUUCUGGUUUUCAGUUAGACUACAGAAUCAGAAAGGUGGGCUUCAAACUCAGGAUUGUGCUUACUUACUGUGCUUAAGAAUUGUGUUUUGAUGGUCAACUAAGAGACCAGCUGUGGAAAGGUUGAAUUGACUUACCUUUCCUGAUAAACCCCAUUUAAUUUUAUAGAGGAGGUGACAAACAUCCAGGGAAAUGACAUACAUAUAGCUCUGGGACAGCAAGAAUUAUACUUCCUCAAUUUGGAUUCCAUUUCCUUCUGCCACUUGCUUUUAGGCAAUUGAGUGUGGGUAGUGACAAGAUAUCAAACCCCUAGUGUUUCCAUUUUGGGAAAUGAGGCACUUAAAAAAAAAAAAGAAAGAAAAGAAAACUUAUCCACCUGAGUCC